ACCAAAACAAAAAUGGCGGCUGCAGUCACCACGGUAAACACAGCGAAGCUUUUUGCGUGCUUUUCUUCAUUUUUCUUGGUUUUCCUUGCUGUGUUUUGCAGAUUGCAUGUUUUGUAAAUGCACUGUUUAACUAACGGAGCGUUUCUGGAAAAUGUAUUAACGGACAACAACCGUGAAUCCCGGAAAAUAAACGGAAGCGUCUUCCUCCCGUUUGAAACCAAACAUCCGCCCCUGUAACGCGUGUCAGUGAUGUUUGUGUCGUCGUCGCAGCGGCACGAGGAUGAUACAACAUGAAAUAAACACGUUAACGAAAGGUGGUUGUACCAAAUGAAGAGGUAACGCUCCGAACAAGAUGUAACGUCUCUAACACUGAACUAAUAAACAAGAGAUGGGCUUGAACGUGGAAACAACCUGAGAGGUAAACAAGAGAAAGUUACGGAUAUCUGACGAUGGGUUUGGUGGACUUUGUCAUCUCCAGUGUCGGAAAAUGCCUGGACGCGGUGUGUUUACUGCUGGACCUGAAUUUUCUCAUCGUCCACACCGUGGUGCGGACUUUCCUGGCGGUUAUCUCCUUCAUAAACAACCUGCCCACACUCCUCCUCUACUCGGUGCUGGAGUUGGGGAACUUCCUCCUGUUUUGCUGCAUGUCCAUGGCGGAGGCUACAUCAGACCUGGCCCACAGCACCGUCACCAUGCUGGGGAGCCUGGUGCUGGCUCUGGAGGGGCUGCUGGAGAGCCUGAAGAUGGUGGGUUACCUGUCCAUGCACGUCCUGCUGAGGGGGAAAGAGCACCUGUGUCGAGGGCUGCUGUCUGUUUUGGAGGGCUGUGGCAUCGCUGUCAGCCUGGUCGUCUAUUUCACCAACACUGUGGUAAACUUUGCACUCAUUGCCACCCAGAACGUCUACCUGGCGGUGCUCAGCGUGUGGCAGACGGUGUCCAGCCCGCUGCAGAAGGUGCUGGAGCUCACACUGACCUCCUUCACCUUCCUGUACAGCAGCCUGGUCGGUACAUCAGCUUUCCUGUGGUCACCUUGUAAACUGGUGUUGGACUUCCUGGUGUCGCUGGUGCACAUGUUCAUCAGCAUCUUCAUCCUGAACAUCUACGGCCUCCUGCUCACUGUCGCUAUCGCUUUGACGACCACCGCCUACCUGAACCCAGGACUGACCCGACAGGCAGCUGCUCGAAUUAUGGUUUACAUUAACUCUUUUCCAGUACUGCGUAGACUGUAUCUGGCUCUACACCGCUUUCCUUCAGACUUGUUGACCAUCCCACACUUUGUGCGUGGUAACAUGCAGCACCUACAAAGGAUACUCCAUCACCUCUACCUACUGGAGAGAGGGCUUUGGCAGCAGCUUUCUCAACACAGCAGCCAGCUGAGCCUUGCACUUAGGACACAUCUCCACAGGAACAACAACAACAGAGUGCGAGGCGACGGUGACCCUGGAGAGGAGAGACGGGACCCACCAGAUGGAAGGGCAGGAGAUGGAGCCCACCAGGAGCUGCUGGAUUUAGUUUUCCCCUCAUCCAGCACGGACAGGCCGCUAAAGAAGCAGUCAGCUUCAGGCAAAGACGGUAAACCUCUGCCUGCAGAGAAUCUGCUGACUCUACUGAAGGAGCAGGAGGACAGGAAGAAGUGUGUGAUCUGCCAGGAUUGUAUUAAGACGGUGGUGCUGCUACCAUGCAGACACCUCUGCUUGUGUAGAGACUGUACGAACAUCCUCCUGAGGCAGCCUAUCUACCAACAGAACUGCCCACUCUGUCGUCAUAUGAUCCUCAACACCAUGGACGUGUAUCUAUGAGGGAUCAACAGAAGCAAAUCUACGGAGCCUCACAAACUGUCAGUAUAUACAAUAUUUACCACCACUGAAAUGAUAUUGAAAUACUUACUAUGUAUUUACUAAGUCAUGUUAAAGAAUAGGCCUGGUGAUAUUUUAUUUACUGUCACAUGUCAAGACCAAAAAACUAACAACACUCCUCUUCCCUGACUUUAGCACUCAGCCUCAAACCUUUUCAAUCCCACUGAAGCCAUCAGUUUCAUAAAUAUGUCGUUGUAUUUUUAUAACGCUAUUUUCCCUGAAACAGCUGUGCUCUGGAGUGUUUAACAAAUGAUACUGAAAAAGUGGUGAGUAUUGAAAACUACUGCACUUUGACUACAUACUCGUUAAUAACACCAGUUUAGGUAAAGAAUAAAGUGAAAAAAAAAUUAUGACAGAUUUAUAGAAUUUGGUUACAGAUGUGUGUACUCUUUUAGAGCAGUAGAGAAAUACGAAAGAAAACACAUGCUAUGUGCCAAUUCCUUAUUAUCUACUAACUGUAUACAAUAUAUACUAUACACUGAUCUUUUUAGUAUACCGGUUUUGCUGUUAGUGUGCAUCGAUCAGCCCCAACAUGAAAACCACUGACAGAUGGAGUCGAUAACAUCCGCAAUCUCAUUAUAAUGCAAUGUUAUGAUGGGAAACCUUGAGUCCUGGCAUUCAUGUAGAUGUUUUUUUAAUAAGCACCACCAAACAUUAUUGCAGAGCAAUCGCGCUCCCCAACGGCAGUGGCCUCCCCCAGCAGCACACUGCAUCCUGCCACAUUGGUAAAACUGCUCACAGAACACAGCAACAAGCCAGAGUUGUUGAACUCACUUCCAAACUCCCCAAAUCUCAGUGCAGUUGAGCAUCAGGGGGAUGGGUCAGAACAAGCCCUGUCCACAGAGGCUCCACUCUGCAACCCACAAGACCCAAAGGACUCUACUGACAUCCUGGUGCCAAACAUCACAGGCCACCCACAGAGGUUCUGAGUCCAUGCCUAGAUAGGUCAGAGCUGUUUCGGCAGAAUGUUUGGUGUGCAAAAAAAUCACCAUGUUUUCACGAGUUUCUCCCGAAAAUGUAACAAAACUUUUUCACCACCAAACAGACCUUUCCAGCUGUGUGCAGUGCUUGCCUUUAAUUUGUGCAUUUUAUUGCAGGAUAAUAGUGUCCAUCAGCAGUAACAGAUACACUCAGAAGACAGUGUUAUUACUUUAUUUUUUCCAGUAUACUCAAAUCCUGCUUAGGAAUGUGGAUUUGGGCCUACUAGGAUCCACCUGUUGAAAUAUUCUAGUGUUGCCACGUCGAGUCUCAGGUGUCGUAGGCCUGGUAAUCCGUUGGUGCCCUCCCCGAUGCUGAAAUGUUUACCACCGCUAAUGUCUUAAACUGUUGUGCUUUCAGCAGGCCAAGCUGUGAAGGAGGAGCACCAACACUGUGCUUUACUGCAUGAGUAUACUAAUGAUUCCACACAUGCUGUAUGUAUGAACACUGUACGUAUCAGAGUGUAUUCCAGCUUUUACCAUUUCAAUCUCUGUGUGUACAUCAUGACCACUUUAAUUUGUGCUGUGUUUUCACUUUUCACACAGAACUGUGUACACAGAGUAAAAAGAUUUUGUGUAUUUGAGGAAAGUGAUUUAUGGUUUUCCAGUCAGGCUUUAUUUCUUUUAUUUGUUCUAUUGAUAGGGCUUUUCCAGUCUUCCACCAGAGGUGUAUUACUGUCACCGCCAACAAAUAAUCCAUAAAUGGUUUUCCCUUUCUUUUGACAUUGUAAUAAAACAGAUUUCUGUUGUAUAAAAGGACCAUAAACUAAUAAGGCUUUACAAUUUCAUUUGCUUUUGUUUCUCAUAUGUUGCUGUCUAAGCUGAAGUGUUAAUAUUGAUCUAUGUUUAAAGUUUACAGGGCAUUGAUGUGACACCACUUAAUGUAUUAUUAUUGAUGAUGGAUGGUGUGGAGUCUGAUUUAGGGGGGAAAAAGAGAAAGUGCCGCCUGUCAUAUGGCUGCGUAUAAAAGCAUUUUUUUUUUUUUCCAUUUAAGUAAUUUUGUAUGAUUAGAAGAAAUUUUUGGGACUGCAGUUAAGUUGUGUAAUAUCAAAUACUGACAUUAUCGUGUUCCCUGCUGGAUUACACAGACAUCAUUUAUGAAAGUGGUCUAAUGUCAGUUUUUGAGAAGUUUGUGGAUGAUUUCUAGAGACUGUAGUCACUAUGGACUACUCCUCUCAGGUAUUUCUAAAACGCCUAUGGCAUUCCUAACUAAAGAUUGCAGUGGACUGAAAACAGCUCACAUGACCAUCAUCUGUUAUUUCCCGCAAUAUGUGUGAACAGUGAGGGACAAUGUGAUUUGAAGACGUGAAUGUAAGUUGUGUUUUUUAAAAUACGAUGGCUGCCACAUGGCUGGCAGGUCUUCUGUUCGUAAUAAAACAUCAAUUACUGAAG